AAAAAGUCUGUCCAAAACCAAACUGAACAUUCUAGAUCAAUUUAACAACGCUAAACGGUUUGCGCCUGUCGCUAUGCAAUACGCAACACACGAUUGCUAAUUAAAUCAAUUAAACCUCAACCGGAUAGGUACUUCGGUGGUUCCUAUUACACAAUAGCAUGUCUGUUCCUAACAAAGGAUCAAGUUAAUGAUCUCUUCCUACAGAAACACCACCACGAACGUGCGCGCGCGCGCCAGACAAUGACCUCAACAGCAAUAACUUCCUCAAGAUCGCCCUCAAGACUUCCUAUGCUACGUUAUCUUCCUACUCCGAACGCGUUUACGCACGAAGACGAACGCUAUCAACGCGCGCGAUAUCGUUUCCAUAUCUCUUCCACAACACUCAACCACAACCAGCAAGGGGGCUUACGGGAUCGGAACAGCUGAUCUUGGUACCGAAUCUUCGAAAUGAGAACGGGGUGCUUCGUUUCGCUUCCAAAGAUCCCGUUAUCUCGCGAGCACACACUCUGGUCUGGUGGAUCUUAAGACGUGCGGCACAAGCUGUGUGAGACGGUACGCGUAAGCCGAUCGAGCAUGCUGUACUCGGUUGUCGGCGUUGGUUUCAAGCCGUUCGCCUAACGCGUUCGUUCAACUUCAUUCGCGGUGUUGAGGUGCUGGUGAGUGGACCAGGUCCAGCGUAGGACCUGCAGUUUUUUUACGAACGAGGGGACCAGUCCGGUGUAAACAAAUAUGCAGCGAAGCGUCAAUUUAGUGUUUACGCUGCUGGUGCUGCUGUUCGCCGGAAGAGACGUUAGAUCGCGUGUGUACAUCGAGAGCUCUACGGAGGGACUCACCGAUUUGUUCUCGCUGGUGGAGAAAGACAUUCCGAGCGAGGAUGGUUCCUGCACCAUAUCGCUACACCGUGAUCUUACGGCCGUGCAACCGGUACUGCUCCAACCAGGCACCGAUCAGUUCGUAUGGCCUCAGCUCAACAGUACCACCGUCACCCUCGACUAUGGGCAGCCGGUGGAGUUGUUCUGCUCGCACGGUUUCCGGAAAGGUUCACCCGGUGGAAAAUCUAAAUCAGCCACCAUCAUCUGCGAAGAUGACGGUAGGCUCGGUUAUCAGUCCGAGCAGUACAACAUGUCGGACUUUUCCUGCCAGCGGCCCGUAUUCCACGUCGCCGAACGUACCGCUAGCCGCUGCUACGACAAUGGGACGAUUGUGCGGGUCGGGUUCAGUGUUGAAGCCGAUCGAUUCGCCCGGCUGUAUGAGGUGUGCUUCGACGAGACACGCCUCCGGACGCAUUACGUCAAACACAGGCUAACACCACACAACGCUCACCAUCAACGGUCGGUGAAGAGACCAUCGUUUCUGCAGGGCGCUUUCUACGGCGAGCUAAAGAUGGCCGCUCUCUACACGUACGCAGCACAGCACGCCACACUGACCCGCAUCCUUGGCUCGCCGGCCCGUGUGGACGCCCUGCUAGACAAUAAGCGGGGCCUCUUCUUUGCCCGCGGUCAUCUGGCCGCAAAAUCGGACUUUGUGUUCGGAUCGCACCAGCGUGCCUCGUUCUGGUUCAUGAACGUAGCGCCACAGUGGCAACGGUUCAAUGGUUUCAACUGGCAGCGGAUCGAAACGGGGCUUAAAGCGUACGUAGCCUCGAACGAUCUGCGGCUGACGGUGUACACCGGUACGUACGGUGUGCUGAAGCUGCUGGACGGCAACGGUGAUCCGCAGGAAGUGUUUCUCGAUUUCGACCCGAACCGUGAUCCGGCGGGCCGGGUUCCGGCACCGGCCUUAUUCUACAAGGUGCUGUUGGACGAGGAUAAUGAUGCGGGACUGGCGUUGAUCGGUGUGAAUAAUCCGCAUGCCAGUGAGGAAGAGAUUGCCGAGAGCUAUGUGGUGUGCAAGGACGUUGCUGGUGAGGUUCGGUGGUUACGGUGGGAUCGUAACGCGAUCGCGGACGGUUACGUGUAUGCGUGUGACGUGAAUGAGUUUAACCGGGUGACGGGACAUUUGGUGUUGGAUCGUCCUGUCGGCGGGUUGUUGGUUUAAUGGCGACGAAAAUCGAAGGCGACGAAGAUGA